AUGCAGAGGGACUCAGUACGGCAGAACUGCGCAUUGUGCGGGUCUCAUGCGCCCUCUUGGCUUCCUGGACCUAUCUCGACGCAAAACCAUGGCUUUGCUACACUGCGCAUGUCGAUUUGUGGUCAAACUUCAUUGGAAAGGUCGGGGGCUGUCGUUUUGCAGAUGAUGCCCCCCGAUCAUGGUAUAACAAACCAAGCCCAAGAUCAGCCCUCCAUCACGACGACAGACCCCAUUUCGAUGUAUUCUGAUCGUGAGUAUGUCAUUCACGACUCAUGUCUACUGUUCCUCGAAAAAACAGUCCAUUCUAGCUCGUUUCCUCUCCGGCGGCUCUACGAAGUCCUGGCAUCACUACCUUACUCUGAAAUAUACCAGACAGUCGACUGGGGACGUGACCAUGGCAUGCGCGAUGUCGAGAACGAGUGCGGGUACGACCCAUGGUUGGUGCGGCUCUCUCCUGAUCCAGAACAUCCGCUACGACCGUACUCAACGUUCGACCCUCUCCGGAGUCCACAGGUUGAUGAACUCCUUUCCAACUCUGCGAUGGGGCGGAGCGAAAUAGUGCCAGGAGAGUCUUCGCGACUGAAUACUGAAAUCAUUACCAUAGGCAAUGGCCACAUUAACUCUUCGGACCGUUUCUUGAGGCUGCCGACCGAAAUCUGCUGCUUGAUUACCCAAUACUUGCCUACGACAGACGUGGCAAACAUCCGUCUUGUGUCGAGGGCUUUCCGAUCCUCAUUUGAUCAUCAGUCCUUCUGGGCUUCUAGAUUCCAUCAGUUUCACGAACGUUCAUGGCUUUUUGAGGCUCUGGAUAAGAAGGACCGUCUCGACUGGCGAAGGUUAUAUGACUUGACCCGAUAUGCGUCCAUAGACAAGCACCUUAAGAACAGGCGAAGAAUCUGGGACCUGGUCCCAAUGAUUCUAGGCACACUCCAGCUUCGUUGGCAUGGCUCACUGGAUCGCACUGCUCCCAUGGAUGCAGACCAUAGUCUUAGCAUGAUCGCAAGGUGCCAUAAACAACGCCCGGGAUUCGAUAUCCGGGAGGUGUCCCGUAUCCACCUCCUCCACAAAGUCCCCGUUCCUACACGCCUGUCACAAAUUAGGGUAAGCUUUACGCAGCUCGGUGACGCAAAAUAUGUUUGCGGAUUUACGUUUUGGCGAGUGGAUGAUCCGCCUUGCCAUAUGGGAUACGAAAGUCAUGACCAAGAAUGCGUGAACUUGGAGUGUUUUGACGGGAUAAUUCUUACAACCACGAAGCGAGGCGUCCGGGCUGUGAGAUUUCUCAGCCACAGCACUACUCCUUGGCUUGGGCAGACGGGAGGCUUUACGUCUUACUCAAAGCUUUCCACUGAGCGGGGAGUAAAGCUGAUUGAGGGCGCUUUUGACGGCUGUAAGAUGAUUUCUCUGGCCAUUUCCGAGGUUGAGGCUGAUACAUGA